AUGGACUUAGAGCCGUUGCUCCAAGGCUACCAGUUUGAAUACAAUUGGCAAACCAAAGCGGCAGCACGGCUCUACUUCGCCCUACUGGCCCGAAUUGACGACCCAGGUCUGAUGUCAGACUCGGUUGAGCUUCCAUCAUCAAUCCCCAAUGACGAGCAGCCAGGCACAGGAACAGAGGCUAUACAGUCGCUACUCAGUCUGAGAGCACCACAAACGCUUCAAACAUUACCAAUUCUCCCCCGCCCGGACCUGAUGAUCAGACUGCAAAUGCUCACGCCGCUAGCAACGACGUUCAGCCUACCCUCUUGCUCACGAUGUUUUGACCAUGAAGUCUGA